AUCUAAGUAAUUUAAUAUGUCUCAUUUUCUAGGUAAUAAGAACAUGAAAGUGGUAGAAGUACAAAUCUCCAACUUAAGGGCAGACGAUUGAUUGUAGUGUCUAUUUAUCAAUUGUCUUUCUCCUUGAUAAGCCAAGGUAAAAGAACAGUGACAAGUACUUCCUAUAAGAGACCGAAGGACCGCUCAAAAGCGCCACCUCUUCUCUCUCUCUCUCUCUCUCUCUCUCUGUGCGUGAAGACUUGUUCAAUAUUCAAGUCCAAUUAUAGGAAGAUGGACAACCAACGCAACCCUCUUGUCAGCUGGGUUUGCAAAGGGAAGACAAUGGAAGAGCUAAGAACGGCCCUUUUGUACACAAGUUUGGAACUUGAACAAACAAGGUUGGCAGUUCAAGAGGAGAUUAGAAAGAGAGACGAGGAAUUAGUUCAUUUCAAAGAUCUGCUUAGGGAAGCCAUCAGGGAAAGAGACGAAGCACAAGAGAAAUGUCGACUCCUCCUUGAGAAGAUCUUACUCCAACAACAUCCAACUGCUCCUCUUUCAGGAAAUUCUAGCAUUGAAGACGAACCAAGAAUCAGAGGAAUCGACUCAAACAAUGGCUUCUCAUCCUCAGAUUGCGAGGGGAGCAUUGUUUCGUCUUCUCCGGUUGUUGACCCAAUUCCACAAUCCUUUCCACAAGCAACAGUAGAGCAGCUGCUAGUGCCUGAGAAGCCAUUGCCGGAAAAAGGUAAGCUUUUGGAGGCAGUGAUGAAUGCCGGUCCACUCCUUCAGACUCUUCUUCUCGCCGGACCACUUCCCCAAUGGCGGCAUCCACCUCCACCACUUGAGUCCUUUGAGAUUCCUCCGGUGACCAUUCCUUCACCACCACAUCCAGCGCUCUUCCCUCAAGACUCAAUCACCAACAUUCUACGUUGCAACAGUACCUCCACCAGCUGUGGCAUCAACAGAAAAAGGGUUCUUUGUGAAGGCUCUGAUUCUCCUACAGAGACAAAGUACCAAAGGCUUGCUAUUCAAUGACAACUAUUUCCAAGUAAUCCCAAUAUUUUUCAUUACGAUCAGAAUCCACUACCCAAUAUUAGUUGGGUAAGUGACUGAUGUACAGAGGUUUUUCCUAGAAAAGGAACUGCCAAGGUUUUUACUCACUGAGAAUGGAAAAGAAAAGAGCUUGCUCUUUGCUGCUAUCUCCCUGCUCUUUGGCUAGAUAUUUUGUCCCAGUUUUGUUCACAUUUAAGAUGAUGGCCUGGUGUGGAGUUGUUAGGGUUGGGAGGGAAGAUAGGUAUGCCCAACAACCAGAAGGUCCCACAAAUCUGUAUCAGGAUAUACAGCACAGUGUGCUUUGUAAUUAUAUUAAUGGAAAGUAUGAUUAUUGAUAUAAA